UGUAAACCUUAGAACCCAGCUGUUGCCAGGGCAACGGGGCAAUACCUGUCUCUCCAGAGGAGAUGAAGUUGCCAGGGUAACUGCAUCCUGUCUUUCCUGGGGACCAUCCCGGAAUGCGGCACCCACUGGCAGUUACCAUGGUAACUGCCUUUUUGCCCCACUUAAUCCCAUCCCGUCUGCUACAAGGGCCCCACAGUUGGAGGUGGGGGAGGUGGGAAGAGAGAAGAUCACUUGUGGACUAAGUUUGUUCUCUUCCCCCUCCCCCACCCCCUCCCUUGGCCCAUCACCCUGGGGGUGCUGUGUCCCUCGGCCCCCAGCCCACACAGGCCUGCGGUAUUGUGUUCGGCAGGGCCAGGCAUCCAGUCCGGGAGCAGGUUUUUGCAGUGGAAGGCAGGCAGGUGUUGGGGAGGCAGUUACCGGGGCAACGGGAACAGGGCGUUUCGGAGGUGGUUGCCAUGGGGACCUGGAUGCUGACGAAGGCUCGCGAGGCUGUGAGCAGCCACAGUGCCCUGCUCAGAAGCCCCGGGCUCGUCAGUCAAGCCGGUUCUCUGUUUGCACUCGACAGCACGGGCAGGCGAGUGGCCCCUAGUUCCAGGAGCAGAGCAGCAGUGCCUCAGUCCUGGUCCCCCAGCUCCGAGCCUCGCCUGCCCGCCCAGCACCAGGAUGGCCACCAUCACCUGCACCCGUUUCACAGAAGAGUACCAGCUCUUCGAGGAACUAGGAAAGGGCGCCUUCUCGGUGGUGCGCAGGUGUGUGAAGGUGCUGGCCGGCCAGGAGUAUGCUGCCAAGAUCAUCAACACCAAGAAGCUCUCAGCCAGAGACCAUCAGAAGCUGGAGCGUGAAGCCCGUAUCUGCCGCCUGCUGAAGCACCCCAACAUCGUCCGACUCCAUGACAGCAUCUCGGAGGAGGGACACCACUACCUGAUCUUUGACCUGGUCACUGGCGGGGAGCUGUUUGAAGACAUCGUGGCCCGGGAGUAUUACAGCGAGGCAGAUGCCAGUCACUGUAUCCAGCAGAUCCUGGAGGCUGUGCUGCACUGCCACCAGAUGGGGGUGGUGCAUCGGGACCUGAAGCCGGAGAAUCUGCUGCUGGCCUCCAAGCUCAAGGGGGCCGCGGUGAAGCUGGUGCUUACACGCCCACCUCUGUGUGUGUGUGUCUGCCUGUCUGUGUGUCUGGGAGCAGGGUUCGCAGGGACACCUGGAUACCUCUCCCCAGAAGUGCUGCGGAAGGACCCGUACGGGAAGCCCGUGGACCUGUGGGCCUGCGGGGUCAUCCUAUAUAUCCUGCUGGUUGGGUACCCCCCCUUCUGGGAUGAGGACCAGCACCGCCUGUACCAGCAGAUCAAAGCCGGGGCCUAUGAUUUCCCAUCUCCAGAAUGGGACACCGUCACCCCGGAAGCCAAGGAUCUGAUCAACAAGAUGCUGACUAUCAACCCGUCCAAACGCAUCACAGCCGCCGAGGCCCUUAAGCACCCGUGGAUCUCGCACCGCUCCACCGUGGCGUCCUGCAUGCACAGACAGGAGACCGUGGACUGCCUGAAGAAGUUCAACGCCAGGAGAAAACUGAAGGGAGCCAUUCUCACCACUAUGCUGGCCACCAGGAACUUCUCUGGGGGGAAGAGUGGAGGAAACAAGAAGAACGAUGGUGUGAAGAAAAGAAAGUCCAGUUCCAGCGUUCAGUUAAUGGAAUCUUCUGAGAGCACCAACACCACCAUUGAGGACGAAGACACCAAAGUGCGGAAACAGGAAAUUAUAAAAGUGACAGAGCAGCUGAUCGAAGCCAUAAGCAAUGGAGAUUUUGAGUCCUACACGAAGAUGUGCGACCCCGGCAUGACGGCCUUUGAACCCGAGGCCCUGGGGAACCUGGUCGAGGGUCUGGACUUCCAUCGAUUCUAUUUUGAAAACCUGUGGUCCCGGAACAGCAAGCCGGUGCACACCACCAUCCUGAAUCCCCACAUCCACCUGAUGGGCGACGAGUCGGCCUGCAUCGCCUACAUCCGCAUCACGCAGUACCUGGACGCCAGCGGCAUCCCCCGCACCGCCCAGUCCGAGGAGACCCGCGUGUGGCACCGCCGGGAUGGCAAAUGGCAGAUCGUCCACUUCCACAGAUCCGGGGCGCCCUCCGUCCUGCCCCAUUGAAGCACCAGGCCGGGGUCACUGCGUUGCUGUGCCGCGGAGAUCCACUCUUUGUCCGUGGAAUGUGGCUGCUGGUUCUCCCACUUGGAUUUGGCUGGAAUUCCCCCCAUCGCGUACCCCACCACUGUCAGCUGUGUACCUGCAUCAGGAAAACCUGCUUGUUCAGAAAAGCCAUCACAACUUCAAAGCAAAUGGCCAGAUCUCCCACCCCCUACCUCCCAC